GUGGCUGACUACAAACUUCCCUAAUUCAUUGAAGCUUGGUCAAUUGGGAAAGCACAAAAUGCAAUGAAUGCUUAAUUAAGUUGCAAUUUAUCAUCGUAGUCUACAGAUGCUUGGAAAAAAGUAAGGAAUCUUUCUGAAAACUCAUGAAAGACUCGAGAAAGAAUUGCCCCUGGAAAGUAAACAUGACUGGAUAGGGGACAGUUUAAGUAAGUUAGUAAGUAAGUUUCUUUCGGCUUGUCCCUGACGGGGUCGUCACAGCGUAUCAUCUAAUGCACUUAAAUUGAAGCGAUGAGUGGAAGUAAUAUUUUGCAUUUAUAUUUGUAAGUGAAAAACUUCUUCAAUACACCAAAAAAGAGAGGGUCAGGAAAAUUAUUAAAUAUUCUUUUCCCAACAAAUGAAAUCUUUUUAUUUUGUGGCAAAGAAGUAGUUCUAAAGCAAAGUCGUAGAUUUGUGUGUCAUCUUGAUAUUCAAAGUUGCACCAGUAUGUUGUCAGUCAAUUUCCUUGCCGUCGCCGUCGUCUUUGCUACCAAUACUUGGCUGACGACCGCCAAUCCGCUGAGCCGCUCCAAACGCGCCUUGGCCCGGCGUGCAGACAGUGAACUGUCCCGCCUGGCGGGUGAACCUUGCGCUAUCUCCGGCUACCGGAGACCCCCGCAGCAGCCCCGAGCGAGUUCCCCGGCUAAACACCGCCGUUCAUUGGCCAUUACGAGGACAAAACGGGGGGAGCUCCAUACCGCCUCAAGCGCUCCUGUUGGUUGCAAAACGGGUUGCAGCUUUGAGAAGGAGGGCGCGCCUGGAUCUUUUCAUGACAAGGAAGACACGCAGUUUCGGACCUUAAUACUGAAAAAUGACCAGCAAAGUCGGCCAUCGCGCGGCUCCAGGUUUGAACGUAGCCCCCACACCUGGGUCAACUCCAGCUCCACCGAAAUCUCGCACUCGACCGGGAUCCAAGUGAUUCCAAAGAUUCAGCAAGAUGAGGGAAAUAGUACUUUCGGGGGGAGUCCGGAGGACGGGAACGAGGACUUCCUUGGAGAUGUGGAUCCUGCCGUCAGCAGCGCAUUUCCGUGGGGGAACCCCGUGCCCAAGGUCCCCCCUUCUUGGAUGACCAGCCUGUAUUUUAGGGGACGCCAAGAGCAGCUGCGACUGAAGCCGUCUGCAGGGGUGGAGCUGCCCAGGGACAAGUUCAGCCUGGAAUUAUGGGUCAACCCGGAGGGUGGGCAGAGCAGCCCUGCCGUCCUCGCAGGUGUGUACGACAACUGUUCCCAUUCACUGAGUGAGAAGGGCUGGUCAGUCGGCAUUCGCACAAUGGACUCCACAGGGACCAAGGACGCACGGUUCUACUUCAUGCUUCGCACAGACCGAGCCUUGAAAUCUACCUUGAUCCUCAACCACCAGCAGUACAGAGCCAAUACCUGGACUCACCUGAUUGCGACUUACAAUAGCCACAACAUGACCCUGUAUGUUGAUGGUGCGAAGGUCGGAGAAAGUAACCUCCAGUUGGGAAGUCUCUAUAGCCCCUUCAUGAAGACCUGCAGAAUUUUCAUCCUGGGCAGUAACCAAUCAGUGCAGGGACAGGGCUUUCGAGGCCAUAUAGGAGGUGUAAUCUUGUGGGACUACGCCCUCUCUCAUGAGGACCUGCAGAUGCGACCACUCCAGAAGACAGAACCUCUUCUGGCUAUGUGGGGUGACUUUAAAAAUGUGGAACAGAUAUGGACUCCGCACAAAAUUGGAUUUCAUCCAGCUGUCAUCGCCACUCCCCUGCCGGAUUUAGAACUUGUCUCCUCCUUCUUGCCACCACCCUGUGGUCUUACAACCUGUGACAACACUGACAUCAUUUAUGGCUACAACAAUUACUGGCCGCUUCGUGGACCCAAACAAGUCCGCUAUAGGAUUGUCAACCUUUCUAAUGAUGAUAGUAGAAAUCCCACUGUGUCUCAAGCCCAGAUUCACCACCAACACCAGGCCCUGAUUGAUGCCUUUCGCCCAUACAAUAUCACCCUAGAGUUGACUGUGUACACAGUCAGAAACACGAGCCUCAGGCAGCGUUUCAUUCUUAGCAACUGUCAAGUUGGGAAAAUUGGGAACCGCCAUUGUGAUCCAGAGUGUGACCACCCAAAGACAGGCCAUGAUGGAGGGGACUGCCUCAGACUAGGGCCCUGCUAUACCUGGAAAAGGCAGGAUGGAGUUUGUAACAUGGAAUGUAACAGUAUACACUAUGACUAUGAUGAUGGAGACUGCUGUGACCCAGAAGUGACAGAUGUUCUCAAGACAUGUUUUGAUCCUGAGUCACCUGACAGGACAUAUAUGAGUGUGAAAGAACUUAAAGAGGAGCUUCACCUGAGUGGCACAGAUAUGCUUAAUGUUUUCUUUGCCAGCAAUUCUGUACGAGAAGCUCUGGCAGGAGCUGCAACCUGGCCAUGGGCAAAGGAAGCGCUUACACAUCAAGGUGGAAUGGUGCUAAACCCAUCCUACUUUGGCAGAAGUGGACACCACAAUACGAUGAUCCAUGAAAUGGGCCACAUAUUUGGACUAUACCAUGUCUUCAAGGGAGUGAGCGAGCGAGACUCCUGUGAUGACCCAUGUCAAGAAACCACACCCUCUAUGGAAACAGGAGAUCUGUGUGCUGACACUGCACCAAUGCCCAAAUCCAAAACCUGCCAUGAUCCCGGGGCUGUUAAUGAUACAUGUGGCAUCACCACAUAUCAGGACACCCCUUACAACAAUUACAUGAGUUACACAGAUGACAACUGCACCAAUCAUUUUACUCCCAACCAAGUAGCCAGGAUGCACUGUUAUCUUGACUUGGUCUAUCAGAACUGGUUGAUAGAACAUUCAUCUGGUUCCAUCCCUGUGCCAGCAAUGGUGACUGACCAGAGUCCAGAUUCUGUUUCUAUUUAUUGGCUUGCACCAUUAAUGGGGUCACUCUAUCAAAGUGCCUCCUCCCAUUUCUCUGCUGUCAACUGUCGGGAAUGUGAGAAAGAUGGUGUUUUCCACCAGCAUGCCUAUGAGGCAGCCUCAUCUCGCAUCUGUGACACGUCUGGCUACUGGGCACCUGAGGAGGCUGUUGGCCCACCUGAUGUUGAACAACCAUGUGAGCCUAGUCUCCAGGCAUGGAGUCCUGAACUCAACCUUUAUGAUACUAAUGUGACAUCACCUUGUCCUGAAACGGAGGGCUGUACUCUCACACUGAAAUUCCUCCACCCUAUUGUUCCACACACCCUUACCCUCUGGAUAACAUACAUCUCAACAAAUAAUCCUGCCAUUGCUGACAUAGAGCUGAUGACAGACACAGGUAAAACCUUGAACCUUGGACCACAGCACGCCUUCUGUGACAUGCCCUUCACCGUGCGCCUCGAUACCAACAAUGUUGCGAUCAGUGCCAUAAAGCUCUGCACCUUUGAUGAGAAAAUGGAGAUUGAUGCUGCAAUGUUGUCUUCUGGCCCCGGUAAUCAUCUCUGCUCUGGCUGUCGCCCUUUGCUGUAUCGGAUUCAUCGGCGGCCACCUUUCACCAGUAAAUUGCCAUCACCUCAGACCCAGCAGACGUUCACGGACAGAACUGUAAGAACGGGAGAAAGAUAUGAGUACAUGAUCCAGGUGGAGACUGGUGGUCAUCUCAGCCAUUUCUCCCCUUCGCUUAUUUACACUCAUGGCCAGCCCUACUGUGGAGAUUCUGUCAUUCAAGGGGCAGAAGAAUGUGAUGAUGGAAAUCUGUUGGAUGGUGAUGGCUGUUCCAAGAAAUGUCACCAGGAGAAGGACUACAAUUGCAUUGGUGAACCCAGCCAAUGUUAUGUUUUUGAUGGGGAUGGCGUGUGCGAAGAUUUCGAACGGGUUUCCAGUGUUCAAGACUGUGGUUAUUUUACACCUUUGGGUUACACCGACCAGUGGGCUUCUACUGCAACAGCUUCUCAUCAGGACCUUGACCAUUGUCCCGCCCAUGCUGCCAUCGGUGAACCAACAUUUACAAAACUUUGUAGGUACCAGUACAUGGAUCUGAGUGAAAAACUGCCCACUGAUGCAUGGUUCCCUUGCACAGCUCAUUCAGACACAAGUAAUGACCUAGAACAUCCUUAUUGGCUAAAGGUAGGAUUUGUCCAUUCUGGCGUGGCAGCCUCUAUCUUGGUGUAUGUGGCUUCUGAUGGGUCAUGGAGUGGUGAACACUGUCAGAGGACUGUUACAAUCCUGCUUUCUGAUACCGUGGGAAAGAAUCAUUCAUUAGGCACACAUAACCUCUCAUGCCAUCGGAACCCCUUGGUAGUUAACGUGACACAUGACCUCUCUCAGCCUUUCUUUCUCACCUCAUCUGUUAUCCUCCUCUUCUCAUCCUCAUCUGUGGCAAUUGGGGGCAUAGCCCUGAGGACAUCCUGCCACUUCAGCACCUUCUCCGUGACCGGCUGUUUAAGGCAGACAUGUCAGAUGGAUAGCUGCAUCCUCCCCCAGAUCGAGCAUGCCUAUGUGAGGUGUGUAGGAGGUGGACAGUCAUCUCACUGCUCUGUUCAGUGUCACUUUGGUUUCAGCCUCACUGUCCUUAGCGGAAGGGAAAUUCCACCAAAUCAGAGGGAGACGGAGAUGGAGUGUUUUCAUGGCUUAUGGAAUCGUGCAGUUAGUUGUCAGCUGGUAGACUGUGGGCUGCCAGAUCAGUCUCAUGUCUACCAUGCCAUAUUCAGUUGUCCCUGGGGAACAACCUAUGGAAAAAUAUGCUCUUUUACUUGUGGAUCACCUGCCAUUCUUCAAGGUGAAAGUAACAGGUUGGAAUGUUUAGAGGAUGGUCUGUGGUCUUUUCCGGAGGCCUACUGUAAGAUUGAGUGCCUGGAGGUUCCAAAAAUACCGAACGCUCAGCUGUUAACGACAGAGUGCCUGUCUUCAAGUCAUGAUGUUGGCUCCACCUGCCGUUUCAAAUGCAACCCAGGCUUUUAUGUUUUGGGAAGUCUGAAAAUGAACACACCAAGGAAAUACUUCAAGUCUGAGUGCCUCGAGGGAGGGCAGUGGGAAGAUGCCUCGUGUGAGCCCAUAUUUUGCCCAGCCUUACCUGAUGUUUUCCAGGGCAUGUAUAUUUGCACCAAUGGCCUCUACUAUGAUACGCUCUGUACUCUGCAGUGUCCAGAUGCAAAAGAGAAUAGUGUAAUUCGCUGCACUAAGGAUGGUGAAUGGACAGCACAGUUUACCAUGUGCUCCAACCUCCAAGGAUCCUGCUAUUCUCCCACAGAUCUAAAUUCUGUAGUGUAUAGCUGUGUCCAGGGCAUGGAUAUUGGUGCUGUAUGUUACCCCACGUGUGUUUUAACACCCGACAUGGCUCUUCAUGACCCAGUCGUUCUACCCAAUGGCACAAAAGUUGGCUCUUUAAAACACUGGAUGCUUCCCAUCAAAGUUCAGACGGUUGUCUGCACAGGGAUGAUGAAGUGGUACCCAGCCCCUGAAAACAUUCAUUGCAUUCAGUCAUGUGAGCCUUUUGGUGGGGAUGGCUGGUGUGAUACUCUCAACAAUCGAGCCUAUUGCCAGUAUGACGGAGGAGAUUGCUGCCCUUCCACACUAUCCUCAAGAAAGGUCAUUCAGUUUGGGGCAGACUGCAAUCAGGAUGAGUGCUCUUGCCGCGAUCCGGAUGCCAAGGAGAAUAAGAGGAAAGCCAAGGACCCAGAGGGGGGAGGAGUAAUCCCAUAGAAUAGAUGAGUGAAAGAAAGUGGUGUACAUAAAUUAAACUGUAGAUAGUAUACAGAAUAAAUAAACAUACAGUCUUACCUUAUCAUACAGACAAUGGUUUUGAAGGCAAAUACAUUCUUUUUUUAAAUGGUUAUCGUGGUAAAUAAAAUUGCCAUUGCCAAAUAGCACAUUGGUAGAAGAUAUUACUUAAAGUAGACCAUUUCGAAGUAUAAUAACUUUAAUGGGUACAAAGGUACUUGUAGUGAAGUAAUCCACAAGAAAUAUAUAAAUAAGGUAUGCUGCUGCUAUUAUUUAUCAUCUUAUUCUCUGAAAUUAUCACAAUGCUUUUACUCAGGUUGAUUGAAGACUCUAAAUUGCCCAAAGGUCCGAAUGAGAGCGCGAAUAGUUGUUUGUUUCUGGCUUGCAACCAGUUCAGGGUGUACCCCGCUUCUUGCCUGAAGAUAGCUGGGAUAGGCUCCAGGACACCCGCGAUCCUGGUCAGCAUAAUCGGUACAGACAAUCAAUUGAUGUAUGGUUUUAGCUCAACCCAGGACACAUUUUUAUUAUAUUAAGACAUUUCAAUGGCUCUGUUAAAACAAAUGUGCAUUGACGAAAAUAGUGCAUGUCUCAACUACAUGCAGUAUCUACGAGUUGACAGGUCCGCAUUUAAAAGAAACAAUGGGCCUAUAUAACAAUAUACUGUAAUAUGUUUUACAUUUCCAUGGGGCUAACGCUGACAAGUAAUUUUCACUGGCUUCUACUUCUUCUGCAGAUGUGACUGUAAAGUCUAACAUCAAACACACUGACUACAGUGGAAACACAUCCGCGUAAAAAUAACUGAUUUAAAAUGUUCUGGAUUCCCUUUGUGACAAUUGAAGUUGAAAAAUGAAACCUACAAAUCAGAGCAAAACACCCACACACCAUUAUGCAAAUGUAAGAAACCUUUAAGGCAACAUGAAAUAACAUACCCGAAUAUUGUGUUCAAAUUAGAAGAAAAGUGUAACUUUGUUCAGUAUUUUACAUUAUAAUCUGUGUUGAAUAAAU